UUUUCCGAUCACUAUACAGCUAACUAGAAUAAAAAAUAGCUCAUAAAAAAACUUUUUUUUUAGAAAAGUGGUCGGAUACCCAUGGGUUUACCCAUGUUUAUUUCAUAAAAAAAUUCUCAAAGACAAAUUUUUGUAAAUUUAUUUACCAAAAUAUUUAUUCGAACUUCAGACAGUUUUUUCUUCUUUUCUUUUCUUUUCAAUGAUUUUCAUUUAUGUUUAGAUACCAGCUGGAAACAAUAUGGAAUUAACAUUGCUGGAGGAAAUUACCAAGGGAAAAAAUUAAGUCAAGUCUCUAAUCCUUCAGGAAUAUUUAUCGAUGAUAAUGAAAACAUUUAUAUUGCCGACUAUUCGAAUCAUCGUAUUCUAGAAUGGAAAUGUAAUGCAAAUAAUGGUCAAAUUGUUGCAGGUGAAAACGAACAAGGAAAUAAAAUUAAUCAAUUGAAUCAUCCAGUAGAUGUGAUUAUUGAUAAGCAAAAUAAUUCUCUUAUCAUCGCCGAUAGACAUAAUAGAAGAGUAAUACGAUGGCCUUGCCAAAAUAAUACAAAUGGACAAAUUAUCAUUGAAAAUAUUGACUGUUAUGGUCUAGCAAUGGAUAAGAACGGGUAUCUUUAUGUUUCUGACACUGAAAAACAUGAAGUAAGACGAUGGAAAAUAGGAGAGAAGAAUGGGACAAUUGUAGCAGGUGGAAAUGGAAAAGGAAAUAAUCUGAAUCAACUCAAUGAACCUACUUAUCUCUUCGUUGAUCAAGAUUGUUCAUUGUAUGUAUCAGAUUGUUACAAUCAUCGUAUAAUGAAAUGGCUAAAAGAUGCGUUAGAAGGAAUUGUUGUUGCUGGUGGAAAUGGUAAAGGAGAGAGUUUGAAACAAUUGUCGUAUCCUCGUGGAGUAAUUGUCGAUCAGAUUGGUCAAAUAUAUGUAGCAGACUCAGACAAUCAUCGAAUAAUGCGUUGGUUUGAAGGAUCUGAAGAAGGAACUAUUAUUGUUGGUGGAAAUGGAAAAGGAGAACAAUCAGAUCAGUUGAAUAAUCCCUUUGGUUUGUCAUUUGAUCGAGAAUAUAAUCUUUAUGUUGCUGAUUGUGGAAAUAAUCGAGUACAAAAAUUUGAAAUAAAUUAA